CGUGACUCGCGGGGGCGGGGCUGCGCCGGCCGCUUCCCAGCCAAGCUGAAAGGGCUCGCGUAGCCGGCCUUGCCGGCCCUGAAAGCUCCCGCUGGACGGCCUGGUCGCGGCUCCCCCGGCCCAGCUGCGCAAAGGGAGCUGCUGCUGGCUCUCGUCAGCCCCCCAGGUUUGCUUUCCUUCUUUUCCUGAACGUAGGCCCUUAGCUCCUCCGCCGUGGAGCCUGCGGCCGCAAGGAAACCGAAAUCCGAGUGUCCGGAGAGUAACCGGAAGUGCCGUCCCUGGCGGAGGGGCGGCGCCGGCGGCUGCUGGGGAGAGGGAGAGUUGUGAAUAGUUAUGGAAUAGAGACCUUUGAAGCCAAAAGGAAGACAGUUUUGAGUCUUUGUUGUUAUGGGUUGGAACUACCAAUUCAGGAAUUAGUGUAUAUAAUGCUGGAAACUUGUAGAGAGGAACUGCUCAUGACUGAAAGGCUGAAAACAGAUGUAUCUUUCAAAUUCUUAUCAAGAAAAUGACUGAAGAAAAUGAUGGGUCAAGAAGACCAGUGGAAAACUCCCUAGGAGAGAGCCAUAGAAAAUGUACACUUCAGAAGAGAGAUAUAAUCAGAGAACUCAGAAAAGGAAAAUAUAUCAUGUAUGCCCUCAGAAGGGUAAAAAGAUUUUUAUUCAUGUGCGUGAGCUCACUCAAAUAGAUGAUCAGAUAUACCAGUGCCUUGAACGUGAGCAAAACUUGUGUAAAAACUUAGCUCUUAUUAUGUGUGAGAGAACCCAUACUGGGGAGAAACCUUAUAGAUGUGAUAUGUGUGAGAAAACCUUCAUCCAAAGCUCAGAUCUUAUUUCACACCAGAGGAUCCACAGUUACGAGAAACCUUAUAAAUGUAGUAAAUGUGAGAAGAGCUUUUGGCACCACUUAGCCCUGUCAGGACACCAGAGAACACAUGCAGGUAAAAAAUUCUAUACAUGUGAUAUUUGUGGCAAGAAUUUUGGUCAGAGCUCUGAUCUGCUUGUCCACCAGCGAAGCCAUACGGGCGAGAAACCAUAUCUAUGUAGUGAGUGUGAUAAAUGCUUCAGUCGAAGUACAAACCUCAUAAGGCACCGAAGAACUCACACGGGUGAGAAACCAUUUAAGUGUCUGGAGUGUGAAAAAGCUUUCAGUGGGAAAUCAGAUCUUAUUAGCCACCAGAGAACUCAUACUGGUGAAAGGCCCUACAAAUGUAAUAAGUGUGAAAAAAGUUACCGACACCGUUCAGCCUUCAUUGUUCAUAAAAGAGUUCAUACUGGGGAGAAACCCUAUAAGUGUGGUGCCUGUGAGAAAUGCUUUGGCCAGAAAUCAGACCUUAUUGUGCACCAGAGAGUCCACACGGGUGAGAAGCCGUAUAAAUGCUUGGAAUGUAUGAGAAGUUUUACUCGGAGUGCCAACCUAAUCAGGCACCAGGCAACUCACACCCAUACUUUUAAAUGCCUUGAAUAUGAGAAAAGUUUCAACUGUAGCUCAGACCUUAUUGUGCAUCAAAGAAUUCACAUGGAAGAGAAACCACAUCAGUGGUCUACAUGUGAGAGUGGCUUCCUCCUAGGCAUGGACUUUGUUGCCCAACAGAAAAUGAGAACUCAAACAGAGGAGCUGCAUUAUAAAUACAGUGUAUGUGAUAAAAGCUUCCACCAGAGCUCAGCCCUUCUUCAACAUCAAACAAUACACAUUGGUGAAAAACCAUAUAUUUGUAAUGUAGGUGAGAAAGGUCUUGAGCUCAGCCCUCCCCGUGCAUCAGAAGCCUCUCAAAUGUCUUGAUCAGACAAGAAGUUAUAAUACCAUAAAAAAUGUAUUUACAUGUCAGAGAACUCAUUAAAGUGAAGAACUCUAGGCAAAUCUUAGACUUUCCUCAGAGCUCAGACUUCAAUGGGGACCAGAGAAUCUGCAGUUGUAGGAAUUUGAGAAAUGGUUUGCCCAUAGAGCUGCCCUAACAGAACACCUUAUCAAUCACUACAAUGAGAAACCUUACAGUGCCGUGAGUUUUGGAAAACUUUUAGUCCAAGCUCAUAUCUGAUCACCCACAAGAGGAUUCAUACAGGUGGGAAACCUUACCAAUGCAGUGAGUGUUAGAGAGCUGUCUCGCAAUGCUCACCCCUCCUCAUUCGGAGAGAAUUCACAUUGGAGGAACUUUAAAUGCUCUCAGUGUCAACAUUGCUUCAGACACAUGUUCAUCUCAUUGGACGUCAGAAAGCCCACACUGGGGAAAAACUCCAGCAAGUGUGAAAAAAGCUUCUAACAAAACUAUGACUUUCUUACCCAUCAGAGAAGCCAUACUGGUGAAAAUUUGUAUAUUUAUCUUGAAUGUGGCAAAAAGCAUUAGUUGGAGAGCCUUCUUGGGUUUGCACCAGGAUAACCCAAUCUGAGGAAAGAACUUUCAAAGUCUCUGAAUGAGAAAAGCUUCUGUCAGUGAUCAGCUCUUGUGGUCCACCAGGGAACUCACAUAAGUGAAAAACCCCAUAAAUACCUUGAGUCUGAAAAAAGCCUUGCUAGAAACUCCUACCAUAUUGGGCCCCAAAGAACCUACUCUGAAAAGAAUUUUGCUCUAGUGAGAGGUCUCAUUGUGGACUGUGUACAUAUAAUAGGUAUGAGAAGAACUGUUAUCAUAGCUAGUUGACCCAUAUGGUAGAGAUGACUUUUAAUGGAGUCAAUAUGUAAACAGUUUUUUAGAUACCCAGAAGCUUGUUCUGGGAGGAGCUAGGGCAGGUCAGGGUAGGCCUGAUGGGUAACUCAGGUGAAGAUGCUUUUCUUUUAUCUGAACCACUUAAUGAGUACUUUACUUUUACUUUUUAAAAUUUGGAAAUCCAAUAAAGGAAAGGACUGUAACCUUGUAAUAGAAGGUGUGGCAUGUGUUACUGUUGGGGAAAAGGAGUAUAUUGACUUUGUCUCUGUUGAUUUUUUUGUUCUUGGCUAGAAUGGGGUCUAAUGUGUUGAUAGUACCAUGGGAACCUUUUGCUGGUAGU